CUGUUUGAAAUUAAAUAAGAUAAAAAUGUACACAAUUAAGCUCUUUCUUUUUAUUGCUCCUCUAGUUUUUUCUUCCACAACUGACCAAGACUAUGCAUCAUCUGAUUCUGUAUCUCCACAGCCAAAAUCAAGAUUUGCUAUGUUAGAUGAUGUAAGAAUUUUAGCCAGUGGCCUUCUUCAGUUAGGACAAGGUCUUAAAGACUUUGUCCAUAAAACUAAGAGCCAAAUUAAUGACAUAUUUAAAAAACUCAACAUAUUUGAUCAGUCUUUUAUUGACCUAUCACUGCAAACCAAUGAAAUCAAAGAAGAAGAAAAGGAACUUAGAAGAACUACAUCCAAAUUACAAGUCAAAAAUGAAGAAGUAAAGAAUAUGUCACUUGAACUCAAUUCAAAACUUGAAAGCCUUCUAGAAGAAAAAAUUCUGCUUCAACAAAGAGUGAGGUAUUUGGAGAAGCAAUUAACCAAUUUAAUUAAAUAUCAACCUGAAUGUCAGGAACACCCAGAAGUAACUUCAUUUAAAACUUUUGUAGAACAGCAAGAUAAUAGCAUCAAAAGCCUUCUUCAGAUCGUGGAAGAACAAUAUAGACAAUUAAACCAACAGCACAGUCAAAUAAAAGAAAUAGAAAAUCAGUUAAGAAGAACUGGUAUUCAAGAAUCCACAGAAAAUUCUCUUUCUUCUAAAUCAAGAGCACCAAGAAGUACUCCCUCUCUUCACUUAAAUGAAACAAACAAUGUAGAACAUGAUGGUAAGGUAAUUUGUACCACCAUUUAUAACCAAGGCAAACAAACAAGUGGCAUCUAUUCCAUUAGACCCAGCAACUCCCAAGUUUUUAAUGUCUACUGUGAUGUUAAACCAGGUAAUUCAUGGACAUUAAUUCAGCACCGAACAGAUGGAUCACAAGACUUCAAUGAAACUUGGGAAAACUACAAAUAUGGUUUUGGGAAUCUUGAUGGAGAAUUUUGGUUGGGUCUAGAGAAGAUAUACUCCAUAGUAAAGCAAUCUAAUUACAUUUUACGAAUUGAGCUAGAAGACUGGAAAGACAGCAAGCAUUAUAUUGAUUAUUCUUUUCACUUGGGAAAUCAUGAAACCAACUACACGCUACAUCUAGUUGAGAUUACCGGCAACAUCCCCAAAGUACUCCCGGAACACAAAGAUUUGGUGUUUUCUACUUGGGAUCACAAAUCCAAAGGACACUUCAACUGUCCAGAAAGUUUUUCAGGAGGCUGGUGGUGGCACGAUGUAUGUGGAGAAAACAACCUAAACAGUAAAUAUAACAAGCCAAGAUCAAAAACUAAGCCAGAGAGAAGAGGAAUAUCUUGGAAGUCUCAAAAUGGAAAGUUAUACUCUAGCAAAUCAACCAAAAUGUUGAUCCAUCCUACAGAUUCAGAAAGAUCUGAACUGAGGCAAAUUAAAAAGCCAAUAAAUUAAACAUUAAAAUC